GUAUAAAUACGGCAGGACAGCUCUGGAGGGAGCAUCUUCUGCAUUGCUCACCUGGGAACAGGAGGGCUCAGACAGUGACCAAGAAACCAUUCCGGGAACUCCCAGUACUCACUCAGAAUCCAUCUGAGAACAUGCUGCCACCAAUAGCCCUUUUGCUGCUAAUGUCCUUGAACUUGGUUCAUGGAGUGUUUUAUGCUGAGAGAUACCAAACACCUACAGGCAUAAAAGGCCCAGCAUCCAACACCAAGACACAGUUCUUCAUUCCUUAUGCCAUCAAGAGUAAAGGUAUACCAGUAAGAGGACAGCAAGGUACUCCCGGUCCACCAGGCCCCGCUGGACCUCGAGGGCACCCAGGCCCCUCUGGGCCACCAGGAAAACCAGGCUAUGGAAGUCCUGGGCCCCAAGGAGAGCCAGGGUUGCCAGGACCCCCAGGACCAUCAGGCACGGGGAAGCCAGGCACACCGGGACUGCCAGGAAAACCAGGGGAGAGAGGACCUUAUGGACCAAAAGGAGAUGUUGGACCAGCUGGUUUACCAGGACCACGGGGCCCACCAGGACCACCUGGAAUUCCCGGCCCAGCUGGAAUUUCUGUGCCAGGAAAACCUGGACAACAGGGACCGCCAGGAGCCCCGGGACCCAGAGGCCUUCCUGGAGAAAAGGGUGUGCCGGGAGUCCCUGGUGUGAAUGGACAGAAAGGAGACACCAGAUACGGUGCCCCAGGCCGUCCAGGUGAGAGGGGCCUUCCCGGUCCUCAGGGGCCCAUGGGACCGCCUGGCCCUCCUGGAGUGGGAAAAAAGGGUGAAAACGGGUUUCCAGGGCAGCCAGGCGUCAAGGGUGAUCGGGGCUUCCCAGGAGAAAGGGGACCGAUUGGCCUACCAGGCCCCCAAGGUCCCCCUGGGGAACGAGGACCAGAAGGCACUGGAAAGCCAGGAGCCGCCGGAACCCCAGGCCAGCCAGGGGUCCCAGGAACCAAAGGUCACCCCGGGGUUCCGGGAAUCGCGGGGCCCCCAGGGCCUCCUGGCUUUGGGAAACCGGGCUUGCCAGGCCUGCAGGGACAAAGAGGACCUCCCGGCCUUCCAGGGGGCCCGGGUGCCAAAGGGGAGCAAGGCCCGGCAGGCCGUCCCGGGGAGCCAGGUCUGGCUGGACCCCCUGGAAAUGUGGGACCCCAAGGACCAAAGGGCAUCCCAGGCCACCAUGGAAUGCCAGGCCCUAAAGGUGAGGCAGGGCCACCUGGGCCUGCAGGGCGCCCUGGGGCUAAGGGAGAAAGGGGUACCUCCGGCUUAGAUGGGAAACCAGGGUACCCGGGAGAACCCGGUCUCGAUGGUCCCAAGGGCCACCCAGGGCUGCCAGGACCCAAAGGUGACCCUGGAAUAGAAGGUCCUCCUGGUCUCCCAGGCCCUGCAGGCCCCGCAGGAGCGAAGGGAAUGCCUGGACACAAUGGUGAGGCAGGUCCCAGAGGUGCUCCUGGAAUACCAGGCACCAGAGGCCCCAUUGGGCCCCCCGGCAUUCCAGGAUUCCCUGGAUCUAAAGGGGACCCAGGGACUCCAGGUCUUCCUGGCCCAGCUGGCAUAGCAACUAAGGGCCUCAAUGGACCCACAGGGCCACCCGGGCCUCCAGGUCCGAGAGGCCACGCCGGAGAGCCGGGCCUUCCAGGGCCCCCCGGUCCUCCAGGGCCCCCAGGGCAGGCAGUCGCUCCUGAAAGCUUUACAAAGGCGGGCCAAAGGCCCAGUCUUUCCGUGUCUGCCUUCACCGUUAUCCUCUCCAAAGCUUACCCAGCAAUAGGUGCUCCCAUCCCAUUUGAUAAGAUUUUGUAUAACAAGCAACAGCAUUAUGACCCGAGAACUGGAAUCUUCACCUGCAAGAUUCCGGGAAUCUACUAUUUCUCCUAUCAUGUGCAUGUGAAAGGGACCCAUGUUUGGGUAGGCCUGUAUAAGAACGGCACCCCCGUCAUGUACACGUAUGAUGAAUACACCAAGGGCUACCUGGAUCAGGCUUCGGGCAGUGCCAUCAUUGACCUCGCAGAAAAUGACCAGGUGUGGCUCCAACUGCCCAACGCCGAGUCCAAUGGCCUGUACUCCUCUGAGUAUGUCCACUCAUCUUUCUCAGGAUUCUUAGUGGCCCCGAUGUGAGCGUAUUCGCACCAAGCUAAUCUAAAUCUGCUUGAAAAGGCAUUCCCCAACGUCGCCCGCCCCACACAAUGCGUAUGGACGUAGGCUGAAAAAGAUAGCAGUCGUUUCAAUACAGAUUUGAGCUUUCAGACCAACAAGUUUUCCCUCUGAAAAGCGAGCAGCAAUGAUAACCAAUAGGAGACCCUGUCAAAUUCCUAGUCAGCAGUCCUAAGACAUUUCAAGUUUUCUGUGAAGUCCUUCGGUACUUAAAAAUCUCACCAUAAAAGUCCUGCUAAGCCAAAAUACAAAAUGAUCACAAAACCCUGAUCUGUGAUGCUAUAUUACGUUAAAUUUGAUUUCAGAAUGUCAGCAUUUCCCUUUAAAAUAAGCCCG